GUCUGACCUCUCUCUCCUUUGCGAGCAGGACCGCUUGAGCGAUUUUAUGCACAGAAGAGAACGAGGAGAACUUUUAAUGCAGAAAAUAGACAAACUUCAAUAUAAUCUUUUGAAGAAGAUACAGCUGUCAGUAUCUAGGGAUGGAUUUGUUCAUUUUGGAGACACUGUGAUGCUUUUGAACCCAGACAACAAAUCCGCUGCGGAGAACUACCCUGGAGCGAGCGGCAGUCUGACUUUGGCAAUCAAUCUGGAUGAAAUACCCAUGUGUUCAGCCAAAUCAUUGCAAGCUCCUUGUGGAGUUAGUGCAGUCAAGAGUGUGGACCCUGUGGGCCGAAAUACUUUUUGUAUUUUAAGUGUUGAUGGAGGUGCAGUGGGUGAGCCGAUUAGAUUUGGGCAAAACUUUGGUCUUGGGACAACAGGAGGGUUUUCUGACCCAAUGUUAUACCUAGCAAGUGACCAUAAAUCAUUUAUAAGAUUUGCUAAAAAAUCUUACCUACAACAAGUAUUUUUGACAGAUGAGCUUUCCUAUUUGACUCGCUGGCAAGCUACCUUCUUGGACCCACAGCUGCGACUUGAAUAUGAAGGAUUUCCUGUUCCUGCAAACUCUAAAAUGAUUAUUACUCAUUGCCAUACUAAUCGGAGCUUAGCUGUUCCAAGGAAAUUUUGGACCAGGUCUUAUUUUGGAAAUGAAUACGAAGUAAUUUGUCACACUUACCUUGACUCCCAUAAAGCUGAGAAAGAUAAGAAUUACUGGGAAAUAGUUACAGGAAAUCCCAGCGAUGGGAACGGCACCAUACACCCAAGGGGAAUCAGAAAGAAUGAGUUUCAUCAAGAGACCUAGAAUAUAAAAAUCCCAGACUACAGCUGA